AUGGCGAUUGCGUUCGCUCUGCCCAACUCCCACAGCGACAGCAGCAGUACAGGAGAAGUGUCCUUUCCUUUUCCCUCCUCCUCCUCCUCCUCCCACGCCCACCACCAAACCCCCGACCAAACCCCGUCAUUCCCCUCCCGCGCGUCUCACCACCCCCCCAGGUCCCACCUCCCCUCAGCUUCAGUAGACCUCGACCCCAGAUCGCACCUCCCCUGGAACCAGCCGCCUGACGCCUCCCCCAUGAGCCUCGCAGGCUGGUUCCCCUCCUCCUCCUCCUACCAGGAACCUUCCGAGCACUCAAGUGAGGGAGGAGGGGGGAUGGGGGAGGGGGAGGCGGGGCUGGGCGGGGUUGCUCCGCGGACCCCCCCCAAGCGCACCGUUUCGGGGGUUGAUCCGCGGACGAGCAGCCGCGUGUCCCCAGAGAAGUGGGGGAAUGGGGGGAUAGGGGGAGCUGGGGGGGAAGGGGCGGGCGGAGGGUCGGGGGGACUGCAAGGGCGGGGAGGAGAGGUGGGAAGGGGUUCGGGAAGGUGGAGAACGAUAGGUGUACCGGCCAGCAGGAGCGAGGAGGCGUCUGAGGGCGCUCAGAGGAUCAGCGUGGGGGCGGGGAGAGGCGCACCAGAGCGACCUGCCACUGCCGCCCCUGCUCCUUCCGCCUCUGCCUACGCUGCUGAACGCGCUGCUGACGCUGCUGACCGUGCCACCGCUGCUGCGGCUGCGGCGGCUGCUGCUGCGUCUGGAGGUGCAGGCAUGGAUGGUGCUAGCACCCCCCGGCAGCGGCUAUUCAACCGGGCUAACAGCGACCCUGAGCCUAGAUCGCCGGGGGACCCGCGCCCCAACACCAGCAGCGGCGCGCUUGGGGGGCCUGCAGGCAGGGGGGAUGGCGGAGGCGGAGGCGGAGGGGGGCGGGGGGGUGGGGAGUCGUCACUGGCGCGGCAGGUGCUGAGCAAGUGGCGGCACAAGAUAGACUCGCGGCGCCCUGGCACCCCCCCCACCGUGCCCAAGAAAGACUUUCCCCCGCGCCCCCAUGCCCCAGGGGAGAACCACCACCAGCACCAGCAGCACUCGCAGCAGCAGCAGCAUGGCAGUAACAGUAGGUUGAUGGCAGGGGGUGGGGCGGGUGAGGGAGGGGGCGGGGCAGGUGCUGCUUCGGGGGAGCUGUGGGGCGGCAGUGGGCGGCCUUUGUCAGCUGCUUCCCGCACGUCGUCCAACAUAGAGGGCAUGCUGCGCGGAGGGGAGGGGGGCGCGGGGAGGCGCUUGCAGAAUGUGCGGAUGCUUGGAAAGGGGGGAGGCGCAGGGGGAGGGGGAGGAGAAGGAGGGGCGGAUGUGAUGCAGGUGUGGGGGGGGGAGGAGAGCGAGGGGGAGGACGGUGUUUCUGCUGCUGGAAGUGUUGCUGGUGGUGGUGGUGCACAUGGGAGAGAGGAGAGGGGGGCAGCAGCGGCCCCCCAUGGCGCUGGUCCGCGGGGGGGCGCUGCCCCAGGGGCAGGGCGGGGGCACCAGCGGCGCAUGUCAUGGCAGCAACCCAUGGAGCAGCGCGAGCAGCAGCAGCAGCAGCAGUCGCAGGUGUGGCAGAACCAAGGGGAGAUGGAUGGCGGACAGAAGAGCGCAGGGCAGCAGCGGGUGCCAGGAGUGGGGAGAGGGGAGGGGGGUAUGGGCGGAAGGGCAGGGCCAGGGGGGAGAAUGGGGGGUAGAGGGCGGGGAGGUGGAGGGGCAGGCGGGGAGGGGAUGGGGGGAGGAAGGGGAGUGGGGGGAGGCGAGGUGGGGGGGGCGGCGGGCAGUGUGGAUGAGGGGUAUGGGGAGGAACGGCGGGGGCGGGAGAGGUAUGGGGGGCAGAAGGGUGGCGGGGGGGACUCGUCCCCCGUGGAGAACGCUGCAAAGAACAUUGUGUCUAAAUGGCGCAAGUUCGUUAAAUCCUCUGUUAUCCUAUUCAGUACUCGUCUGUCCGUCAUCCACUCUCCCUCACCCCAUUACUCUAUCUGCUGCCGACUCGCCGUCCCCACCCACCUUCUUCCCAACCGACUCCCCCGACCACUCCCCCCCUGGCAGCAGAGUGGCAGUGAAGCGCGCCUGCAGAGGCGCUUCUCAGACAAGUCCCGCGCCCCCCUCCCCCCCCACGCUGCCCGCAACUCCACCCCUCCUCGCCUCGCCCCCCCUGCGCCCUCCGCCCCGCACCACUCCUCUCUCCGCCCCUCCUCCCCCUCCCUACGCUCUUCCUCCCCCUCCCUACGCCCGUCCUCCCCGUCCCUCCGCUCCUCCGCCCCCUCCCUCCGCCCUCCAUCCCCUUCCCCACGCUCCCCUUCCCCGUCCAUCCGCCCUCCAUCCCCCUCCAUGCGCCCCUCCUCCCCCCCCACGUCCUCGCCCUCCUCCAUCACAUCAGCCUCUAGCUUCGCCUCUUCCUCCCUUGCCUCCUCCGCCGCCCCCCCGUUGCUGUCCAAGUUUCCCCGAAGUGCUUCCACUGCUGCCCCUAACACUGCUGUAGGCCCGGUUUACUCCGACCCUACAAUAGCACCAUCCAGUCGCAACAGAUUCCCCAGGCCUCACGCCGAACCUGCCACAUCUACAGGUUCGGCAGGCUCCUCCACGUCGCCGUCACUUGUCAGGUCCGUUACUGCUUCGGGGUCAGGCCCGGGAGGCCUUGGCUCGGCCCAUGGUAAGCCGGCAGGUUCGGGGCGCAAGCCAGUGGACAUAUCUCAGGCUCUGAACAACCUGCUGUCGCUGCUAAGCCCGGAGGAGCAGCAGAAGCUGAAGCAGUCAUGGAGCCUUCUAGACAGCGGCGCAGCAGCAGGGGGAGGAGGUGGGGGAGGGGGAGGUGGCGCAGGGGGCAUGGGCGCAGGGUUGUUGCUAGCGGGGGAGGGAGGGGAGGGGGUGCAUAAGCAGCUGAGCGCGCAGCAGGAGCAGCAGCAGCAGCAGAUGCGGCUGCAGCAGGUGAAGCAGCAGCUGCUGCAGCAGAGGGGCGGGCAGGUGGGGGGCAUGGGGGGGAGGGGAGCUGGCGCAGGGGGAAGGGCAGGGGGAAGGGGAGGCGGAAGGGGGCACAGGCGGCAGCGGACAGAGGGUGGGCUGGUUCUGGGCGGUUUCGGUGGGGAUCUGGGGUUGGGGGAGACGGGGAUUGAGGGGGGGAAAGAGUGGGCGGAGAGGGGGGUGGAUGUGAGGGAGGGUGGGGGAGGGAGAGGGGUGGGGGCGGCAGGGAGAGGAGGGAGAGGGGGAAGAGGGGGGCGAGGGUCACUGGAUGACUGGGAUGGGGGGGUGGGGCGGACAGGGGCAGGUGAUGUGAAGGGAUUGCAAGUCCUGGGACCGGAAGGGACGGCUGGAGCAGCAGCAGCAAGAGGAGCAGCAGGGGGACGAGGAGGGGGAGGACGGGGGGCAGCAGGCGGGAGGCUAGGAGCAGUACGGGCGGGGGGAAGAGGGGGGGUGGGAGGGGAAGGGAGGGCAGGGAGGGGGCGGCACCAGCGCACGCGGUCAGACUUUGUGAUUGGCGGGGUGGAUAUGAGCCUUGACCUGGGCGCGGGGUUGGGGUUGGGGUUGGGGGCGGGAGUGAGCAGUACAGGGCGUGCUAGCAUGGAUGGACCUGGGCUGGCCAGAGGGGCAGGCAGAGAGCACAGCGGCGCAAGAGAGGGCGCAGGGCGGGAGGGGGUGGGGAGGGCGCAAGCAGCAGGUGGGUUGGGUGCGGUGGGGAGGAGUGGGGGCGGCAAGGGGGAAGGUGAGGAGCGGAAUGGGCGACUGCUGCGGAGCCGGUCGGGUGCUGCUGGGCUGCUGGAGGCGCAUGGGGAUGGGGAGAGGAGCGAGAGGAGCGAGAGGAGUGAGAGUGGCGAGCAUGAGAGGCGCGGGAGGGGGGGAGAGGAGGACAGGAGUGUGUCAGUGGGGCGGCGCAGGGAGGUGGGUUGGGCAGACCUUGAUCAGGAGGUGCAAGGGGGAAUGGGGGACGCGAGAGGCGGGGGGGAGGCGAGAGGCAUGGGGGAGGCGAGAGGCAUGGGGGAGAGAGGCAUGGGGGAGAGAGGCAUGGGGGAGAGAGGCAUGGGGGAGAGGGAGACACUGUUGCGAGCAAGGUCGUCCCGGGAAGGUGGAGCGCGCGGGCUGCUGCUGGGGGAUCUGGAAGGGGGUGCAGGGGAGGAGCGCACAGGCGGGGCAGCAGCAGCAGCAGGUGCAGCAGGUGGGGCAGGGACGGGGACGGUGGGUGGGGGGAGGGCGCGGGGGGAGCUGACUCGAUCCCGGUCUCAGAAGGAGGGGGGUUCCCGAGGGGUCAUGUUUGCUGAUACGGUGGAAGAUUCGUGGAAGGAGCAGGCGAGUGAGGGAGUGAGGAGGCGACUGUCUGAUCCACCGCGCGACCAUCAUAGUCAAGGUCAAGCGAGUCAACUGAGUCAAGCGAGUCAAGCGAGUCAAGCAAGUCAAGCAAGUCAAUACAGUCAAGGCAGUCAAGAGAGCCAACCAAGGCGGCAUGUGAGAGAGGCAAGCGAGGACAUGGGGGACGAUGUGGUGGACGCCAGGCCCCUCGUGCACGUCCCCGCCCCCCUGCUGCCGCCCUCCCCCCGCCCGUCCCUGCCCAGUCAAGCCAGUCAAGGGACGCAGCCAGGGCAGCAGCAGCAGCAACAGCAGCAGGGUGAGGGUGGGUGGGAGCCGAGGCAGCAGGGGGUGCAGCAGGGGGCGCAGCAGGGGGUGCAGCAGCAGGGGGGGCGUGGGGGGAGGUAUGGGAGGGAAGAUUCAAUGGAUCUGGAUGACGACGUUGUGAAUGCCGUGCCGCUGGCGCCUCUAGACAGGGCCACUGCUGUUGUGGAUGAGGAGGAGGAGGAGGAGGGAGGUGAGUCGGUGAGUGAGAAGGGCAGCCCGGGGGUGAUUACGGGGAGGAGUGGCGAGGGGGAGGAGCAGGAGGGGCGGCAGCAGCAGGGGCAGGUGCAGCAGCAGUCAGGGGGAGCAGAGUUGGUGCAUUCGCCACAGGUGAUAUCGCCGCGACUACCAGCAGCGGCAGGGGGGGCAGGGUUGGGGGCGAUGGGCCUUGUAGCCGCAGCAGCACGGCGGCAGCAGCAUGUGAACCCAUGGCAGCAGACCCGCGAGAUGGAGGACAUUCUAAUGCCCUCCCGCGACCUCUCUCCCGGCCGCCCCUCCUCCUCCUCCACUGCUGCUGGUGCCGGUGCUGCCGGCGGUGCGAGCAGGGGCAAGGGCGGCAAGGCAGGCAGCAGCAGCAGCAGCAGCAGCAGCGCGGCAGUGCUGCGGUCGACGUCGGUGAGAGAAACCUCCUCCACCCGCCCGGGCUUCUCUGUUGAACUGCCCUCGCACCCCCACCACCCACACCACCACCACCCCGUGCACAACCACGUGGGAGCAGCAGCAGCCGCCGCAGCGGCAGACAGGGACGGGCAGGUGAGUUCCCGAGGGAGCUCACGGCCGGACACACCUGCGUCGCGCCCCGACACACCGUCGUCCCGCCCCGCCACACCCUCGUCCCCGGGGUUCAUUAUGACGCCCCGGGGGGGCCUGCGCCUGUCACGGCGCCUCAUGGGCGUGGAGGGCGCAGAGGACCUUAUGAGGGCUGCUCUCGCCCGCCUGCAGCACCACUCACACGCCGCUCCCUCAGGUGCCCCCUCAGGUGCCCCCUCAGGUGCUUUUCCAGGUGCUGUUGUGUCACCGAGGCGUGGGGCGGUCGCAGUGGUAGCAGGUGCAGUGGGAGGGAGGGAGGGGGAGGGGGAGGCGGCUGUGUACGGCAGCUGGGCGGGAGGAGGACUGGCUGAGAAUGCUGCCGACUCGCUACAGUCUCUUGCCGCCCAGGUCUCUGCCGGCCGGUUGCCGGCCAGGCCAGGAUCCAGUGGAGGGAACCGACCGGUCACUGUAGCUCCAGCUACAGUGGCCCCUGCCGCCCGGCCAUCCUCUCGCCCUAUGGCGAUGCGGCCGGCAGCUUUGGAUCUUCCUGCCGGCCGGCCAGGGUCACCAUUGGCCAGCGGAGCAACAGCAACAGCAGGGGGGGCAGGAGCAGCAGCAGGCGGCCCGCAUGGCUCUCAUCAUCUCCCAUCUGACUCUGUGAGCCCUCCCCUCUCCAGCAGCCUCUCUCCUGCUGGCCUCAGCUCCCCCGAAUCCGCCCUCUCCAGCCCGCCCCUGGCCGAGGUGGCAGUGUGGGCGCCGGGGGAAGGGAGUGUGGGUGGGGAGAGAAUGGGGUCUGGUGGGGGUGCUGUGGGCGGGCAAGGAGAGGGGCUGUCGUUCUGGGGGCAUGGGAAUGACGAGACCAGCAAGGGGUCGGUGGGGGUGUGCUCGCUGGUGGACGUGUGCUCGCCCGUGUACAGUGCAGACGAGGGCAGCGUUGUCCUGGGCGGCGGCGGGCGGCGAUUGUCACGGCAUUCCAGCCGGGCGUCUAUAGGGUCGCCUGAGGCUGGGGCGGGCGGGGGGAGAGGGGGAAAGCGGGGCGCAUGGGGCGUGGGGGCGAUUUUGGAGGGCGGGGAGGUGGGGGUGAGUGGGGGAGGGGAAGGAGGGGCGGAGGGGAAGCGGGCAAGGGCGAAAGUGGGGGAGAGAAAAGGGGAGGGGGAGGAGGGUGAGGAGGGGGAAGGAGAGGCGCAUGGAAGAGGCAGUCAGGAAGCCGAUGCCUUUGAGUUUGACAUGGACGAUGCUGACGUGGCUGCAGCCCGGGAUGGCCCGGCUGGCGCUGACGUGGCACGGGACGGCCGGCCCUCGACCAAUGGGGCACUGCCAGGGGGGAUGGGUGGGGACAUGGGGAGCAGCAGCAUGGGCAUGGAUGGUCACAUGCAUGGGGCCAUGCAUGGUGAUGGCUCCUCACACAUGAUGAUGAAUGGCAUGCCCAUGCCCCCACCUAAUGGUGCCCCACAAUUUCCCGGGCAGGUCUUCCCCCCCGGGAUGAUCCCAGACAUGAACGGGCAGCAGCAGCUCAUUCCCGGGCAGAUGUUUCCAGACCCCUCUCAGCCCUUCCCCCAAGGAGACCAGCAAUUUCCCUUUCUUGGGCAGCCCUUCCCUCUGCCCGGAUACCCAUUCCCUCUCCCCGGUCAAUCCAUGCCGGAAGGCAUGCAGGGGCAGCUUCCUCCCGGGCAGUUCCCCGGGCAACCUCCCCAAAUCCCGGGCUUCCCUGCCGGGUUUCCGGGCGGCAUGCUGCCGGGGCAGCUGGGCGGCAUGAUGCCGCCCGAGAUGCUCCCGGGGCUACAGUGCCCGCGGUUCAUACUGCGCCGCCCGUAUCGCAACAUCGAGCGCGAGUACAUGCUGCAGGAGAGGGCGCCCCUGGGCACGGGGCAGUUUGGCAUCAUCCGCAGCUGUGUGAAGCUCAAGACCGGGGAGGUGCUGGCGUGUAAGAGCAUCAGCAAGAGCACCUUCCAGUACGCGGACGAUGCGGAGGCGGUGGGCAUGGAGGUGGCGGUGAUGGAGAUGCUGAACGGCCACCCGCACAUCAUACGCAUGCGCGAUGCCUUUGAGGACUCCCGGGACGUGCACAUAGUGAUGGAGAUGUGCACGGGCGGUGACCUGCACGACCGAGUGAAGACGCACGGGCCGUACAGCGAGGAGGGCGCGGCUGCCGUGCUGCGCGGGCUGGUGGAGGCGCUGCUGUGCUGCCACGGGAAGGGCAUCAUGCACCGCGACGUCAAGCCCGAGAACGUGCUCAUCUGUGACACGCAGGACGACACAAGGGUCAAGCUGAUCGACUUUGGAGUCGCCACGUUCAUCGAGCCAGAUGCGUCCUGCAUGGAGUUCGUGGGCACACCCAUGUACAUCGCCCCGGAGGUCAUCACCGGCGCGCACGGCCCCGAGGCCGACAUCUGGUCGGCGGGCGUCGUCUUAUACAUCCUGCUGUGCGGCAUGCCGCCCUUCUGGGCGUCCACCAAUGAGGCCAUCUUCCAGGCCAUCAAGGAGAGCGAGGUGUCCUUCUCCUCGCCGCGCUGGCAGACCAUAUCGGAGAGCGCCAAGAACCUUGUAAAGAGGAUGCUUACAAAGGAUCCCAAGAUGCGCAUCCUGGGUGCUCAAGUGCUCG